GUGGGCACUACUUGUACUGCUUCACUGGGAACGCUGGAAAGGGUAAAACCGGCGGCAGCUGAGCCUCUCUAAGGAAGGAAGGUGAAAAGUGAGGGAGAAGUAGAGGAGCUUCCAUGCCAGGUUUACCCUUAGCAGAGUCCGGCUGCGGGCCGGACGACUUCCCGGCCAAGCUCACCUUGCAGGUUGUUCUUUGCACCAUCAUUGCCGCGUUUGGUGGAUUCAUGUUUGGUUACGACGUUGGUAUUUCAGGUGGAGUUACAGCGAUGGACAGUUUCUUGAAACCUUUCUUCCCACAUGUUUACAUCAAGAAGCACACGGCCAGAUCGAACAACUACUGCAAGUACAAUGACCAUUAUCUCCAGCUAUUCACUUCAUCGCUCUACCUGGCAGCAAUUGUGGCCAGCUUCGUUGCGUCUCUUGUUUGCAAGAGACUGGGGAGAAGACCUGCUAUGCAGAUCGCCUCUGUCUUCUUCUUUACCGGAGCAGCUAUCAAUGCUGCGGCUUUGAACCUCCCCAUGUUGAUCAUCGGACGGCUUCUGUUAGGAGCCGGAGUUGGGUUCGGAAAUCAGACGGUGCCAUUGUUCAUAUCUGAAAUCGCUCCAGCAAAGUACAGAGGAGGGCUCAACAUCUGCUUUCAGUUGCUGAUCACACUUGGAAUCUUGAGUGCCAACAUUGUAAAUUUCAUAACUUCAAAGGUGCAUCCUUAUGGUUGGAGGAUUUCCUUAGGUGGAGCUGCCGUCCCAGCCGUAGUCCUCCUUAUAGGCUCUUUCAUGAUUGUGGAGACACCCACGAGUCUUCUGGAGAGAGGGGAGACUGACAAGGCUCGAUCCACUCUAAAGAAGAUCAGGGGAGUUGAUAAUGUCGUAAAAGAAUACGCUGAAAUCCGAGAAGCAGUUGAACUCGCUAGUCAGGUUCAGCACCCCUUCAGAAGUCUCAGGAAAAGAUACUACAGGCCGCAGCUCAUUUGCGGGACAAUCAUUCAGGUCUUCCAGCAGCUAACAGGGAUCAGCGUGAUCACAUUCUACUCCCCAGCUCUGUUUCAGACCAUGGGUUUUGGGGAGCAUGCGUCCCUUUUCUCAGCUGUCGUGAUCAACACCAUCAAACCCGUAUGCACCAUCGUCGCUAUUUUGGUGGUGGAUAGGUUUGGUAGACGGGCAUUGCUUAUUGAAGCUUCUGUCCAGCUGUUCAUUGCUGAGUGUGCUAUUGGAGCGAUUCUGGCCACACACCUCGAUGCAACGAGCAUAAUGGAGAGGGAUUAUGCGGUAGCGGUGAUAUGCCUCAUAUGCGUGUUCUUGUCUGGAUUUGCUUGGUCAUGGGGUCCAUUGGGAUGGCUGAUUCCAAGUGAGAUCUAUCCAUUGGAGACCAGGACUGCUGGGUUCUUCAUGGCCGUGAGCAUGAACAUGCUGGUGACGUUCAUGGUAGCUCAGACGUUCCUGACGAUGCUGUGCCACAUGAGGGCAGGGGCGUUCUUCUUCUUCGCCGGGUGCCUGUUUGUGAUGGGGACGUUUGCAGUUGUGUUGCUCCCUGAGACCAAGGGAGUCCCCAUCGAUGAAAUGAUCGGCAGGGUUUGGAAGAAACACUGGUUCUGGAAGAGGUUUUACAAUGAUUACGAAGAUCAUAACGGGAAGCCUCACGCAGCGCCAGCGGAACCCGCAACUCUCCCUGCCUUCCCCACUUUCGCCGGCCGAUCGUCGAGGAAAACCAUGAGCACCACUGGCGGCUGCCUCUACAAGGAUCCAAAUGCGCCCGUCGAAGCUCGGGUCAAGGACCUUCUUUCCCGGAUGACUCUGGAAGAGAAGCUGGCUCAGAUGAUUCAACUCGACCGGGUCGUCGCCGAUUCCUACUUCCUCCGGGACCUCGCCGUCGGGAGUGUGCUCAGCACUGGCGGGAGCGCGCCUUUUGAAAAUGCGCUUGCAUCUGAUUGGGCCGACAUGGUCGAUGGUUUCCAGAAGCUGGCUCUAGAAUCCCGGCUUGGGAUACCAAUUCUCUAUGGGGCUGAUGCUGUUCAUGGGAACAAUUGCGUUUAUGGUGCCACGGUUUUCCCUCAUAACGUUGGCCUUGGCGCCACCAGAGAUGCAGAUUUAGUGAAAAGAAUAGGUGUUGCAACUGCACUUGAAGUCAGGGCAAGUGGUAUUCAAUAUACAUUUGCUCCCUGCGUAGCUGGACAGCCGCCUGAAGGCCACCCACAUGGCUAUCCUUUUAUAGCAGGAAGAAAUAACAUUGUUGCCUGUGCUAAGCAUUUUGUUGGAGAUGGGGGCACUCACAGAGGUCUAAAUGAAGGCAACACAAUGUUGUCAUAUGAAGAUCUUGAGAGGAUCCACAUGGCUCCCUAUUUGGAUUGUAUAGCCCAAGGUGUGGGCACUAUUAUGGCUUCCUAUUCUAGCUGGAAUGGAAGUAAACUGCAUACUGACCGUUUCCUCCUGACUGAAGUCUUAAAAGAUAAGUUGGGGUUUAAGGGAUUUGUGAUCUCUGACUGGGAAGCAUUGAACAGACUCAGCGAACCUCUUGGUUCCAACUACCGCCGAUGUGUUGCUAGUGCCGUUAAUGCUGGAAUAGACAUGGUGAUGGUUGGCCGGAAAUAUAACCAAUUUGUGGAAGAUAUAAUUUCUCUUGCGAAAUCAGGGGAGAUACCAACAUCCAGGAUUAAUGAUGCUGUUGAAAGAAUACUGAGAGUGAAGUUUAUUGCUGGCCUGUUCGAGUAUCCCUUUGCUGACAGGUCCUUACUAGGCACAGUUGGCUGCAAGCUUCACAGGAACUUGGCACAGGAAGCAGUCCGCAAAUCAUUGGUUCUGCUGAAAAAUGGCAAGGAGUCCAACAAACCUUUUCUUCCAUUGGACAAGAACGCUAAAAAGAUUCUUGUUGCUGGGACUCAUGCUGAUAAUCUUGGAUAUCAGUGCGGAGGAUGGACGAUAGCCUGGUACGGAUUAGGUGGCAGGAUUACCAUUGGGACGACCAUAUUGGAUGCUGUUAGAAAAGCAGUUGGAGAGAAGACAGAAAUUGUUUUCGAGGAAUACCCAUCACCAGAAACCUUAUCGGGUCAUGAUUUCUCGUAUGCCAUUGUAGCGGUUGGUGAAUCUCCAUAUGCAGAAUUUACGGGAGACAAUGCAGAGCUUGUAAUCCCCAUGGGAGGACGAGACAUCUUAAGCUUGGUCUCUGACAGAGUGCCCACACUGGCAAUUGUUGUAUCUGGACGGCCGCUAGUUGUAGAACCACAUAUACUGGAGAAGACAGAUGCCCUUGUUGCUGCCUGGUUGCCAGGAACUGAAGGGGAUGGAAUUACGGAUGUAAUCUUUGGAGACCAUGAUUUUAAGGGACAAUUGCCAGUGACAUGGUUCAAGGAGGUCAAGCAGUUGCCAAUGAACCAUGGGGAGAACAAUGAGUAUGAUCCUCUUUUUCCCUUUGGGUUUGGACUGACAUACGAAUGAGAAGGAGGGAACUCCUUGAUUCGUGGUGGAAGGCCGGCUGCUGCUGCAGAAACACACCGCUUUCUACUGUUUGUACACUCACUGGAAUGAUAAUAACUUGCUUUGAUGGGUGAACCUCCC